GUGCACAGCCUGCCUCCAGAGGCUGAGAUGCUUCAAGCCUCUCUUCCUCCCCACCCAGACCCCCGCGGCGGGGGGGGGUCCCUUAUCCACAGUCCGCUGCCUCCCACACACCGCGUCCCUUCCCUCUUUUACCAUUCUCCAAUCCCAGCCUCGCCACCCCAAUCCCCCUCCCCGGGGGGGCUCCGCACCAUAGAGAGCUGCUGCGGCCGACCAAAGCAAUCCCCGGCGCCCCGGAAGUAGACUGUCACCUCGGGUCGUCGGAAGGGAGGGAGCCCCUCCGCUCCCAGCACGACUUCCGCCCGCCCCGCCUUUCCUCUCUGGAAAGUGUUUCCGAGGGCACAGCUGCAGAAACAGCCGCUGCCGGAAGGAACGGUGGUCUCCGGUCCCGAGGCAGGUUGGUGUUUCUGUUGGAAGGUUAGUUCCUGGUCAUCUCCAUUAAACUUGAAGAUUUCAAAGUGCAUUUGGAAUACAUCUUUUCCCCAGGAAACUAAUGCCGAGGAAUAGAUGUACUCCUCUGAUGACAAUACAAAUGCUCUAGCUUCCUAUUCAACUUUUUGAUUAAGGCUCCAAAUUCAAUGAAAAGCAAAAGUUCUUUCUAAUUUCUCAUGAAGCCACACUACUGCUUGUUCACUUUGGUGGUGAAUGCCAUCAUUCCUGCUGCAUUUUUCCUGGAUGAUAUAGAAUACAAUGGAACGAUAGCAGUAGAAACGAAUCACACCACUUACAAUGUCUCCUUUCCCCCAACGUUUGAAAUCUCAUCUAAUUCCCACACGAGUGGUGAUUUCGUCAUAGCCAAAGAGGGAACCAGUGUUUUGAUUGAAUGUCUUCUCACCACCAACCUUUAUGAAGACAUUCUUUGGUACAAUUCCAAAGGGCUGUUGCUUGAUCAAGAAGAAGGAGGUGGAAAAUGGUUGAUCUUCAAAAACCACCUGAAUAUCACCAGCGUAACCUUUGCUGACCGUGGGCUUUAUACUUGUCUAGUCACCUCUCCAGUCCAUGCCUCUUACUCUGUCACCUUAAGAGUUAUCUUCACUUCAGGAGACAUGAGCAUCUACUACAUGAUUGUUUGCCUGAUCGCCUUCACAAUAACUCUUAUCUUGAAUAUUACACGUCUGUGCAUGAUGAGCAGCCACCUUCGAAAGACUGAGAAAGCCAUCAAUGAAUUCUUUAGAACAGAAGGUGCAGAGAAGCUCCAGAAGGCCUUUGAGAUUGCUAAACGCAUUCCCAUCAUUACUUCAGCCAAGACCCUAGAACUGGCCAAAGUUACACAGUUUAAGACUAUGGAGUUUGCCCGCUAUAUUGAAGAACUGGCAAGAAGUGUUCCUCUCCCACCUCUCAUUCUUAAUUGUAGGGCAUUUGUAGAGGAGAUGUUUGAAGCAGUGCGGGUGGAUGAUCCUGAUGACAUGGGAGAAAGAAUCAAAGAAAGACCAGCCCUCAGUGCCCAAGAUAGUAUCUAUGUCAUCACUUCAGAUAUUGGGCGUAGUAAUUCACCAGAAGGAGAUUCAGAGGAUGGCUCCCUGAAUGAGCAGGGUCAGGAGAUAGCAGUUCAGGUUUCUGUUCAUCCGCAGUCAGAAACUCAAAGCAUUGGUACAGAUUCUCAUAACAGUUGUCAUUCCAAUUCAUCCGAAGAGGUAGGAUCUCCUGAAUUCAACUCUGACCGCAAAGAUGGGGUAUCUGAAAGUUAACCUUUGAUCUCUUCACACCACAAAGGGGGGAAGACAUCUAGGAGAACACACCAGUCUCUGUCAACAAUGACAGAAAUUAGUGGGCUUUUUUGCAGAAUGAAAAUUGCCAAAUUUAAUGGGGGGAAAUGCCAAUUUUUUCCUUGUUUGAUAUUUCUCAUCCAUGGUUGUCAGCUCCCCAAAUUUUAUUCAGACAUAGACUCCUAGAAUUUUAGAGCCGGAAGAGACCUUAGAAAUCAGUUUGGCAUAGUCAAAAUCAGACUACAAGUUAGAAGACUAGAGUUGUAAUCCUUGUUGCCCUUCUAUUGAUUAGUUCUAUAGCCACAAACAAUACCUCUCUGGGCCUCGGUAAAAUUAGAGGAUCAAACGAGAUGAUCUCUAAGCCACUUUCAAGCUCUAGAAUUCCCUUAGCCAUCAUCUGUAAACCAGCAAAAUCUUUAACACAUGCCAAUAAAAAAUCCUUCCCUGACUCUUUCACUACCAAUUUAGGGAAGGGACUAAAUCUUGACUUUGUUCCUUUGUUUAGGGUUCUACCCUAAUGCCACGAUGCCAAGAGAUAGGAUUUAGGAGGGGUUUUUUUUCCCAAAUAUUUUAUCACAUGGAUAGUGAAAUUGCAUGACCGUGGUUAAAUCUGUAUGAUGAACUGUGCUUGUAUAUUUGUAUACAAGAUAAAAUAUACAGAUAAAAUGGGAGACAGUUUUAAGCCGUGAAUAAAUUAAUCUGAAUAAAUUGGUACCAUUUGAUAGGUAUAUCGUAUCUUUUAGGUCACCAGGUUACCAUUUAAUUCAUUGAAGUAGUAAUUUACAAAAUGGUUCAUUCACAAAGGUAAUUUCAUCUGAGAAAUAUUUUCUUUGAUGUUUUGUUUGAACAAGAUACAGUAUCCAACUGCCUUUCUCUGGGGUAAGUCAUGAGAUAAAAAGAUUUUAAAAUAAUUUUUCAGACUUAACUUUUUUUCAGGUAUUCUGAGCUUUGGAAAAAGAUUAUGUGGGAGAAAUCCCAUUCUAACCAAGAAUAUGAAACCAAUGGCUCAGUCUUUGAAAAUCCAUAGAAUAUCUCUCUUUAGUCAUUUAAAUAUGGCAGUGAAGACUAUCUUUCCACAUCAUCCCCUAACCCUCAUCCCAUCCAACCAUACUCUUAUUUGAAUUUGGAGACAGGGUUGUGUUAGUGACCAAUUAGAAGAAAUUCAAGAGAUUUACCAAGGAGUCAUAAGCCUUUAAUAAAAAAGAUAAUAAAGUCUAUGUAAUGUUUACUUUGAUAUUUCAAACAGUUAGUUAUUUCAUUGAGAUGUAUAUAUCUUCCACCAACUCCUAGUUGCUGUGGCCAAAGAAAUUCAUUACCUGGAAAGCCCACCUUUUGAUGAUAAGCCUUUCCUGAAUUUCCGGGGCUUGUUGAAUGACAGACACAUAAGCUAUCAGUGGUCCCUUUCAGCUCAGUAGAACCUGCUAUGGAGCUACUAGGCAUGGUUUUAAAGGGUCCAGGCUCACCUCUGUGACAUGGUGAAACAUGGCAUUAGGAUUUUAGUGGAAGUCAGUUGUAUUACUGUAUAAAAAUGCCAAUUGGUCUUGGAAUUUUCUCAGAGCAUGAAUUUUGUAAUGUGGAAUUUGUGGUUCAGCUGUAUAUAUGAACCAUUCAGAUUGCAUUUCUUGUUUGAGAUGUGAUGUUAUUAUCUCUCAUGAACAUGCUACAGAUUAAUUUCAGUUCCUGAAAGUAUAGUGCCAUAUAAUUUUAAGAACCUGGCAACAUAAACACCAUUUAGUACCUCACAUUUCUCUCAUUUGGCUUCCAGUUAUUGAAACAUACCUGGAAAGAAUGGCUCCUAAGGGUAACUUUUAGAGAAGACUUGAUUAGGAUUUAAUUUCUAGUUUCAGAGGAAGAAGGGCAGAAAAAAAAUAACCUGAUAAAGUUCAUCAUUCCCUUUGUCUUGGUUGAUCAGAAGUAACCCAUCUGGCCUAGGCAGGAACAGAUCCGUGUACAGUUGUAUCAGAUGCCAGACCAUUUCUGAGCUAGUGAAAAUUUAGUGAAAAAUUGGGUAUUAGCCGAUAGACCUAUAUUUCUACAAGUAUUUUUUCCCCAUAUAUUUAGCCAUGGAGCAAAGUUUUUUGCUUUUGAAUAUCUGAAAGUUUCAGAACACUUCUAUUUUCCCACAAUUACUCCUAAUGUUAGAGGAAUUUAAAAAAAGAUGCUUUUUUUUAGGUGACCUGGUACACUCUGUUUUAUGUCUCAGAUGCUGGCUUUGACCUAAGAUGCAACUUGAUCAGAAAAUACAUCACUUUCUAGAACACAACUGCCAUGAUACAGAAAAAAAAAUAGCUUUAUAAGGAAUAUUUUAAUAGUAGAAAUUGAAAUGCUUUAGGAAUGCUAAUAUAUGGUCCAUGAUGAUUAAUGUCCAACAAAAUGAUACCCCAAUUUGAUGGAUUUUUUUCUGCAUGGUUUUACACUAAAACAUAACAACUUGAUGAAAGAUAGCUAACUCAGAAGUGUGAGAUAUUUUGAAAGUAUGUAAGAGUAACUUGGUUUUGAAGCAAAUGGGACUGGAUAAUUGUGAAGAACCUUGGCAGUUACUGUAGGUCAGCAUUUAAGCAGCAUUGUUAUCUCAGGCAUCCUUUUCCCUUCCCAGCCACCCACCAGCAUUAUUAAUUGAUUCCAGGAAAAUACAUUGGGCAGAAUUAUAUUAUAAGGAAGUCAGAUUCGUAGCUGCAGCUCAAAUUUAAAUCAUUGCCAGCUACUUUGCAUAUCAGGCAAAUGGAUAAAUGAGGUUUUAUGUUGGAUUUUCCAAUAUUAUAUUGAGGUUCAAUUAUCACAUUAGUGAUAUCAAAUGUUUGAUGUGAGUAAUGUUAUGCAGAGUAACCCUACACUGCUUAGCACAUAUAUUCAGGAAGAAGAAACCAUGUUUAUUAUUAUUAUUCUCUGUAUUUAUUAUAUAUUGUUGGGUUUUAACUUUUUGUAAAAAUUCUUAACUUUCUGAACUAUAAAACUACAGUUUUUGGACAAUCACUGUGGUGUAUUUAUCUUUUUAGCCUGACUCAAUUUUUUAAAUAAUAUAAAAUGCUGUGUAUAAUAUUUCUAAAAUAGUUUCAUCAUGAGCAUUUGUAAUUUUUAAAUUGUAUUAUGAUUUAUGAACAACGAAAAAUGUUGUCUACCAUUGGUAAGCUUAUGAAAUAAAUUUUACAAAAAAUGAA